UAGCAAACAAGAAAGAAAAAAAAACAAAAUGAUUAGGUUAUGUGGAUAAUGCAAUAAGUUUCGAGAAAAUUAUUAUAAAGAAUAGUAUAUUUUAUUUGUAUAAAAUGAGUUAAUUUUGAAAAAACAAAAGCAUAUUCAAAAUUUUAAUUUUUUAUUCAAUGAUUUUGCGAGGUUGAAUGGAUAGACCCAUCAUCUUUGGCUUCUUAUUAAUCAUCUCUUUCAUUCCCUCAGACUUCUGAUUUUCUAUUCUGUAUUAAUUUUAAAUGCCUUCAUAUAUAAUGCAUCAUCCAAAGAUAUUAAUUAUUGGGGCAGGAGCAGCAGGCAUUGCUGCUGCUUCUCGACUAAUAGCCAAUAAUGUAAACAACAUAACUAUUCUCGAAGCAGAAAAUCGAAUUGGUGGCCGUAUUUUCACUUCAGAGUUUGGAGCUAAUACGGUAGAGGUAGGAGCACAAUGGGUCCAUGGCGAGCAGAACAAUGUAGUGUACAGUUUGGGUUCAAAGGCAGGUUUGUUGUGUGACAACUUCUAUGACAUCAUGAGUUCUGGGUGUGUUCUGUCCGAUGGCACUUCGCUAGGAAACGAGGCAACAUCUAGCCUGUUUGAUUUGUGUAGAGAAGUGGUGCACGACGAGGAGAGUCUGUCCAGCUUCAAUGGCAGCCUUGGUGACUACAUUCACAAACAGAUUAGAGAAAAAUUGAAAAUGACCAAAUUGGAAUUAGACUGUGAUGCUGUGCAGAGUUUCUUGGACUGGUAUCAGAGAUUUCAGAACUCACUAGACGGGUCAGAUUCAUGGUUUGAGACUUCUGCUAAGGGAACCGUGGAAUACCAUGAGUGUGAGGGAAAUCUUCUGACGACUUGGAAAACUGGAGGAUACACUAAUAUUUUUAAUCUGUUAAUGGGAAACAAUAGCAGAAAAAUAAAUGAAAAAAUAAUAUUCAACAAAACAGUGAAGAGAAUUAUGUGGGACCGACAACCAGUGGAAGUGCUGUGCACAGACGGACAAACGCUUUUUGGUGACCAUGUGUUACUGACACUGUCUCUUGGUGUUUUAAAGGAGCAAGUUUCAAGUCUCUUUAUGCCUACUCUUCCCCUCAAAAAAAUUAAUGCAAUUCAGGGGUUAGGUUUUGGUACAGUAGACAAAAUAUUCCUGAAGUUCCCCUAUCGGUGGUGGCCUACGGAUUGUGGAGGCUUCAGUUUGUUGUGGAGGAAGGAUGAUGUUUCUACAAUUUCUGAGGCUGUGCCCAACUGGCUAACUGAGGUGUUUGGGUUCUACAGCGUAGACGGUCAGCCUCAGGUGCUGUGUGGGUGGAUCGUAGGUCAGGCAGCUCGCCACAUGGAACAGUGUUCUGACCUGCAAGUACAGGAAGGUUGUCAUGAGCUGCUGCUCAGAUUCCUUGGCAGCCGUUACAACAUUCCUGCUCCAGAUUGUGUGGUCAGAUCUCAGUGGCACAGCAACCCUCACUUUCGAGGUUCUUAUAGUUUCCGCUCAGUGACCAGUGACUCAACAAAUGUUACUGCAGCUGAUCUUGCCUCACCACUUUGUCUGCUGAAUGGCCGACCGGUGGUGCUGUUUGGAGGAGAAGCCACACAUGAUCACUAUUACUCAACAGUACAUGGAGCUAUAGAGACAGGCUGGCGAGAGGCAGAUAGGAUUAUAGAGCUUGUAUCAAACCCAUCAAAAAGGUGUAAACAGAACAAGAGUGACAACUGCUCUGAUUCUGUCUCAGUAGUGAUUGUUGGUGCUGGAAUGGCUGGACUAGGUGCUGCCAACUGUCUCACAAAUGCUGGAAUCACAGAUUUUAUUAUUCUUGAAGGCCAGGAUCAGGCAGGAGGAAGGGUAUGUUCUAUUCCCAUUGACAACUCGGGUCAGAGGUAUGCAGAAUUGGGAGCACAAUGGAUACAUGGAGAGGGAAAUCCUGUGUUUGAACUGGCAGCAGAAGAACAACUUUUAUCUGGAGUCACCUCAGAUGAGGGCCUUGGCCUGUACCUGAAGCCUGAUGGUGAGCAGAUAUCCUUGGCUGUGGUCCAGGAGGUGGCAGGCGUGGUGGGAGAAAUCCUAGAAGAUUGUUGUCGGUUUGUCAAUGAGACCAAUGUUCCUGAGUCAGUCGGAGUGUAUCUCAAUCAGAAAUUCAAUCAGUAUAUGAAAGCCUGCAAUGACCCACCCGAUGUACAAAAGGAGAAAAUUGAUCUUUUUGACUGGCAUGUGAGGUUCCAGAUGAUAGACAACUCGUGCACCAGACUGAACUGCUUGUCUGCGAAGGCGUGGGGACAGUACCAGUACACUGGAGGCACUGAUUACAACAACUUCCACCAUGGCUACUGUUCUUUGGUUGAAAGUCUAGUUGGGCGAUUGCCUCAAGGAGCUUUGCGCACUUCCUGUCACGUCAAAUUUAUUGACUACUCUUGCGAGCUGACACCAGUCAAGGUUGUAUGUGAAGAUGGAAGAGAAUAUUCAGCCAGUCACGUGAUAGUUACAAGUUCUCUUGGAUAUCUGAAGGAGAAUCAUAGAACUUUGUUUCAUCCUUCACUCCCUAUUGAUAUUGGAAAGGCUAUUGACAUCAUGGGCUUUGACACCAUCAACAAGCUGUUUCUUGUGUACGACAAUGCCUGGUGGCCUGAGGACUUUCAAGGUAUCCAGCUCAUCUGGAACUGUGAAGAGAAGGAAGAUGCUGACCAUCAGAGUUGGGUGAGGUGUGCGUCCGGGUUUGACGUUGUGGCAGACAUGUCAGCUGUGCUACUCGGCUGGGUGGGGGGAGAGGGGGCAGUGGCCAUGGAAGCACUGUCUGACCAGGAGGUGUCCCUGGACUGUACGCGGGUCAUUCGUAGAUUCAUGAGUAACCCUCACAUACCACUGCCAGAAAGAAUAUUCAGAUCAAAAUGGCAUAGCAACAAAUUUGUGAGAGGUGGCUAUAGUCAUACAACGGCUGAGUGUGACAAGACAGGCUGUGGUCCUGAUACGUUGGCACAGCCCAUAUACAGUCAACACAGCAGUGAUGCAAAGCAACCUGUCGUUUUACUAGCUGGAGAGGCUGUUCAUACAACUCACUUUUCCACAACACAUGGAGCUUUCCUCUCAGGAGUCUCCCAGGCUCAAGUUAUUGUAGACUAUAUGAACAAAGAUAGUGUGUAGCCGUGCUAGUAGAGUUUGUGACCGACAGAUUAGUGAGAAAAGGUUGUGUCAGUACCAAAUUUUCCUAAUGUUGAUUCCAAUAUUGGGAAAUAGAUAUAGUCGUGUAGUUAAUCAAAUUAAUUAUUUUAAUUUGUAUUGCAUCUUUAAAUUUCAAUUUAAAUAAGCAAAUCUCAAAGCUCAAUAUAAUAUAUAAGAAUU